UAUAUAAACCAUAUAUGUGUUUUUCCGUCCCGGCGUCACUUCUAAAUAAUAAUUAAGAAUAUUAUACAACGUGUUCAAAUUCCUGUUAUUAAUAUUUUUUUACCAAAAGCCUCUUUUAUGAGGGUAUCAUAACUUUUCACUGGGCCACAAUAUAUAUUGUAGUUAUCAGACACUAUACGUUUAAGUUUUUUUACAUUGGAUAGUUUCUCGUUCAUUUUCAAUUAAUUUCGUCGAAAAAUCAUGUAUUUAUUAGUCUGUGUAUUAUUAGCAGCCAUUGCUGGAUCUUCAGUGCAAGCACUUUUUCCAGCAAACUCGGAUGUAAUAGAGCUCACAGAUGAUAAUUUCAACAAAAAAGUAUUGCAGUCGGAUGAUAUUUGGAUAGUAGAGUUUUUUGCACCAUGGUGUGGGCAUUGUCAAAAAUUAGUACCUGAAUAUGCUAAAGCUGCAAAAGGUUUAAAGGGUAUUGUUAAAGUUGGUGCUAUUGAUGCUGAUAAAUAUAAUUCCUUUACGGGACGUUAUGGUGUACAAGGUUUUCCAACUAUUAAAAUUUUUGUUGAUAAAAACAAACCUACUGACUACUCAGGUUCUCGUACAGCUGAUGGAAUAAUUGAAGAAGUAUAUAGAGUAAUUAAGAAUAAAGUACAAGCUCAAAUACAAGGAGUACCUUAUGGAUCAGCAAAAUCAUCUAAGAAGUCAUCUUCUGGUGAUGAUGUUGUAGAGUUAACUGAUGCUAACUUUGAUCGACUUGUCUUGAACUCUGAUGAUAUUUGGUUAGUUGAAUUUUUUGCGCCAUGGUGUGGUCAUUGUAAAAAUUUGGCCCCUCAUUGGGCUGCUGCUGCUUCAAAUUUAAGAGGAAAGGUUAAACUGGGUACAUUAGAUGCUACUGUACAUUCAUCAAAAGCUCAAGAGUAUCAAAUUAGAGGUUAUCCAACAAUAAAAUUCUUCCCAUCAGGCACAUCUAGUUCUAGUGGAGCUGAAGAAUAUACAGGUGGUCGAACAUCCAAUGAUAUUAUUAGCUGGGCAUUGCAGAAACAUCAAGAAAAUGUACCACCUCCUGAAGUUUUUGAGGUUAUAAAUGAAGAUACCUUCAAGUCUGGAUGUUCAGAAUAUGCUUUAUGUGUAAUUACUGUAUUGCCUCAUAUCUUAGAUUGUCAGUCCAGUUGUAAUGAAUACAUCAAAAUGUUGCGCUCAUUGGGAGAUAAAUUUAAACAAAAGCUUUGGGGAUGGUUAUGGUCUGAAGCAGGAAAUCAGUCUGAAUUGGAAUCAUCAUUAGAAAUUGGUGGAUUUGGUUAUCCUGCAUUAGCAGUUUUAAAUGUUAAAAAAAUGAAGUACACUAUUUUAAGGGGAUCUUUUUCAAAAGAUAGCAUUAAUGAAUUUUUGAGGGAUUUAUCAUAUGGACGUGGACGAACAGCUCCAGUCAGAGGUGCUGAAUUGCCUAAAAUUAAUACAAUUGAACCUUGGGAUGGAAAAGAUGGUGAAUUACCCCAAGUAGAAGAUAUUGAUUUAUCAGAUGUUGAAUUAGAUGGUCCUUCUAAAGAAGAAUUAUAAAAACUGUUAUACUAACUCUAUUUAUUUAUUUUUUUAAGACUGAACAAGUUCUAUA